AUAAAAGCCCGGCUGAGAGCGGCUGUGAACACCCCGCGAAGGGAACGCUCCUCCUCAUCCUCACGGGAAGGAACAUCGGUGGGCAGCGGGCGGCUCGCAGCCCGGAGCACCCCGGAGCCCUCGGCAGAGCUCGCAGGCUCCUCUGUGCUUGGCUUUGAGCCACAGGGGCUCCCAUGGCUCAGCUGCCCAAUGACUCCUGGCACAACAACUCCGCCCUGAUCUUCGCGGGGCUGGACCUGCUGCUGGAGCUGAAGCCGCUCUUCAUCCCGCUCUACGCCACGCUGGUGACGGUGGCGUGCGUGGGGAACCUCUUCCUCAUCCUCCUCAUCGCCCUCACCAAGAAGCUGCACUGCACCACCAACUUCCUGAUCGGGAACCUGGCGGUGGCCGACUUCGUCAUGUGCCUGGCCUGCGUGCCCCUGACGGCCUCCUACGCCUUCGAGGAGCGGGGCUGGCUCUUCGGCGUGUUCAUGUGCCACUUUGUCAGCCUGCUGCAGGCCGCCACCGUCUUCGUGUCGGUGCUGUCGCUCACGGCCAUCGCCAUCGACCGCUACGUGGUGGUGGCGUACCCGAUCCGCCGGCGCCUGGGCCGCAGGGCCUGCCUGGGGCUGGUGGCCGCCAUCUGGCUGCUGUCCCUGGCCGCCGCGGUGCCCACCUCGCUGCACACCCACUACCUGGACCUCAACGCCAUCGGCCACGACAUGAUCAUCUGCGAGGAGUUCUGGAGGCACGAGGAGCGGGAGCGGCUGCUCUACUCGUGCCUGAUGCUGCUGCUGUCCUACAUGCUGCCGCUGCUGGCCGUGUCCGUGUCCUUCUGCGCCAUCGCCCACCGCCUGCGCAGGAGGAGCGUGCCGGGCGCCGCCCCGCACUGCCGCCACAAGUGGGCCAGGACCAAGCACAAAACCUUCCGGGUGCUCACCGUCUCCGUGGUCUGCUUCGCCGUGUGCUGGCUGCCCCUGCAGGUGGUCAACUUCAUCCGGGACGUGGACGAGGAGUUCACCAUCCUGGACAAGAGGUACGUCAACGUCGUCCAGGUCUCGUGCCACCUGGUCGCCAUGAGCUCCGCCUGCUACAACCCCUUCAUCUACGCCUCCCUCCACGACAAAUUCUGGUUCCACCUCAGCAGCUGCUUCUACCGCAAGAAGCGGAGCUCCAGGAGCACGUCCUGCAAGGCUUCCCGCUUCAACACCUGCUCCACCCUGGCAGAUGCUCCCACCGGGGCCUCGGACAAGAUAGCUCUGCAGUCCAGGUUACCUUAGCCAGAGCACCUGAGGGGUUGGGUUUGCGUGGCCCUGGAUCCCAAACCCUGCUGGGACACAUCCCUAUAUCCCAAAUCACGGCUGGCUGUAGUGCUGCAUUUGGAGCACCAAGACUUCACCCCAUGGUUUAUGCAGGAGGUGCAUCAGCAAGGCGAGCACCCAUUGUGUAAAAAACUCUUUGGAGAGAGCACAUCUUCAUUUUGUAGGAUAUAGAUUGUUCCUAAGCAACAGGCAGCACUUUGUGCCACGGGAAGAGGUCGACCUGCACGGGGAGCCGUGAAAUUGCUGCGCAUUUAUCCUUUAAAAUUCACCUUAUUGGUGAAGGGACAAUGCAGGCUCAGAGAAAUGCAUUCUGCAGGUGCAGAUGGGGACAUGUUUGGAAUGGGAAUGACUCUCAUAACCUGCUUUGCCUGCUGGAGAAGCUGCCCCUGUAACCAGGCAGGGCAUCCCAGUUUCUCCCAAGGUGCAGACGGGCACAUCCACGAAGUCAUCGCUGCUCUUCAUGGCCAAGUAGGACUCCAAAGAUCUCAAGCGAUGAGUUUUCUGGGAGUGAUGUCUCAAAUUCUGCUCCCAGGGAAGUUUAGCUCAGUGUGUGUCCACGUUCAGGGUCCUGCAGUGGAGGUGGGAAUCCCAGUGCCAGGCUGUUCUAUCCCAGGAGCUGCCAGAUGAAGGCUGGGUUCACUUGUGCUCCUUAGGGUCUGAGGUGCCCCUGUGGCCUCUCAGGCUGCUCUGUGCAAGCAGCACAUGCAGAAGGCAGCAUCUCCUUACACCCAAUUCCCAUCUGAGUUUUCACCUCUUGAUUUCCCAGGAGAAACCCUGGGAACAGCCCAUAGGCCCCACAGCUCAGGGCCAUGGCAGCUCCCAUGCUCUGCUCUGUGGGGCCAAGCCGUGACCCCCACUGCUCCUCAUGCCCAGGGACAGCACCUCCAAGCCCCCAGGCUCCUCAGCCCUGCAGACACCUGCCCAUGGCACUGGCCAGCAUUCCCACCUCUGCCAGCAGCUCGGGAGCAUCCAGGCACAUCCUGGACCCCAACAGGGUCCCUAAUCCACUGCCCUUAUGCCCACACACGAGCUUGCUCACCUGCCUGAGGCCCUCAUGGUGGCCCUAGAAGGACUUGUGACCUUCUGUGGGGUGGCAGCAGAGACAGGGACCCGUCCCACGCAGUGCUGGUGGCCUCUGCCUCAUUCCCACAGAGCAGAUCCCUCCUCGGCUUCCUGCAGCUUCCCGGGGCUGCUCAUCCCAGAGGGGCCAACCAAGGCAGAAGGUCCCUCUCUGUCCUUCCUGUAAUAAAGGCUUCAAGAGCUUGG